UUCAGUGCCGAUUUCUUGGUUGGCAGCUGGAUCAGCUGGAUGCACGCGCGACUGCUCCGCGACAGUCGGGAACGGGGACGCCCGACAAAUUCACGUCUAUUUUUUCAUCUGAAAACGUCGGAUUGAACUUCUGGUUUUAACACAAGCUUCUUCCCUAAAUUUUGUCUUCCUUCUAUUUUAAUCUCUACUUCCCCUGAGUCUAAACUGCGGAAAAGUUAGGUGGCGAUAUUCGGUCACAUCGGAGAUUUUUUCCGCUUUGAACGCCUUUUUCAGUCAUUCCAGCGGACGGCGUCGCGCGCUGAAGCCGCGUGAGCGUGGCUCCGCUCGCGCAGCUGAGCCUCCAGUGCCAACGCCUUUUCCCCUCGCUCCGCUUUCCCCGCGCUGGGAAACUUCUGCUGUCGCCGACCCGAGGUCGUCUCCAGACGGCCCAUGAACUUCUGAGACCAUCGUCCGACACCGAGAGAGCGUGUGAGGGCGACCAUGGGCUGCACGAUCAGCGCCGAGGACAAAGCUGCGGUGGAGAGGAGUAAAAUGAUUGAUAAAAACCUGCGGGCGGACAGAGAGAAAUCCUCCAGAGAAGUGAAACUGCUUCUGCUCGGUGCUGGGGAAUCUGGGAAAAGCACAAUUGUAAAGCAAAUGAAGAUCAUCCAUGAGGACGGCUACUCGGAAGACGAGUGCAAGCAGUACAAGGUGGUGGUUUACAGCAACACCAUCCAGUCCAUCAUGGCCAUCAUCAGGGCAAUGGGCCGGUUAAAGAUAGACUUUGGGGACGCCUCACGCGCGGACGAUGCCCGCCAGCUGUUCGCCCUGGCGAGCUCCGCGGAGGAAGGGGUGCUGUCGGCGGAGCUGACCACCGUGAUCCGGAGGCUGUGGAGGGACAGCGGGGUCCAGGCCUGCUUCGAGCGGUCGCGGGAGUAUCAGCUCAACGACUCGGCCGCAUACUACCUGAACGACCUGGACAGGAUCUGCCAGCAGAACUACGUCCCCACGCAGCAGGACGUGCUGCGAACACGUGUGAAGACCACGGGCAUCGUGGAAACGCACUUCACCUUCAAGGAGCUCUACUUCAAGAUGUUUGAUGUCGGGGGUCAGCGCUCAGAAAGGAAGAAGUGGAUUCACUGCUUCGAAGGAGUCACGGCUAUUAUUUUCUGCGUCGCACUCAGUGACUAUGACCUUGUCUUGGCUGAAGAUGAGGAAAUGAACCGGAUGCACGAGAGCAUGAAGCUUUUCGACUCCAUCUGCAACAACAAGUGGUUCAUGGAAACCUCCAUCAUCCUCUUCCUCAACAAGAUGGACUUGUUUCAAGAGAAGAUCAGCAGGAGUCCCAUAACCAUCUGCUACCCAGAGUACACUGGUGGGCAGUCGAAUGAAGAGGCGGCGUCUUACAUCCAAUGUCAGUUUGAGAACCUCAAUAGACAGAAGGACAAAAAGGAGAUCUACAGCCACUUCACGUGCGCCACGGACACCAAGAAUGUGCAGUUUGUGUUCGACGCAGUCACAGAUGUCAUCAUCAAGAACAACCUGAAGGACAUUGGACUCUAAAGUGUCAGGCACCACAGGUGAGGGUGGAGAUCCAGGGCUUCUGGGCUGGUAUGUCUUGUCUUAUAGGGCGAAUGUGAAAGUAGGUUUUUCCAAGGACUGACCUGGAGGCUGUGCUGCAGUCAGGACCUGAAUCCAUCAUUUGGGGACUUGACACUAUGAUCACUGUCUUAACAGAUUUUAAGGUGCGGAGCGUGCUGGGAGGAAGUGAUGUGUGGGGCUGGUUGGUGAAAUGUUGAGGGAGGCUGGCACGUGAAGUCCCUCUGGACACACAUUUAUAGCUCAUCGUCUGCACACGGACGCAGACAGUUGUUCAGAUUCAGAUGCCGAGGCAUAAAUUCACUUUUUGUUGCAUCUUCCUUAGCUGUAGUUCUGUAUCACUUUGCUUUAAUAGAAUACUUGCAUUUUAUAUUUUAUACUAAUUAGUUACUUAGUUUGGGUUUGGAUGUGUGAAUGCCAUAACUUAUGAAUGGAGAAAGGUUAUGGUUAGGUAAACUUAUUAGGCCUGUGAGCAAAGGUCCAACGGACUCAAUAGAAACAUCACUGUUUCUACAGGUAUUUGAAUUUUAACUGAACCACAUUAUAUCAAACAGUAUUUUUUUUUUUACUUGAGGCGUCACUGCAAAUCAGUUUGGGAAGGGAGAUGAAACCUCAGUGAUUCUUUAAAAAAUAUAAAUGCUUAUCGAUAAUAUAUUUGAACAUAGAUGCAGUGUUGUCAUUGUUUGGUUGUUUCGCCCAUAUACUAUAAUACAGAGAAGCUCUUUAAUGUAAACCCAAGCUGAGUGUACUGCUGUAGACUAUGAUGAUGAUGAUGAUGAUAAUGUUGAUGAUGAUGGCCGGACUUCGCUCAUCCUCCUGUUGUGUAAAGUCCCGAUAACCAACUCUCCUCAAGGUUCAAUGUAGCUCGUUUUGGGCUCGUGCUGUUGUAUUGGUUUAAUGUUCAUAAUUAAAUGUCAGUUUGACAUCA